AUGUUUGUAGAUGAUCAAGUGAGCCCCUCAAAGAACACCAAUGAUCAUGCUACGUUAUUUUCACCUACUUUAAAACAAAAUAUUGUUGAACAAGCAGCAUCUAUGCUUGUACAGCAUAUAAAUUUUAAUAAAAAGUUUUAUCAUCUUACACAGAAUAGUAAUGGAAAUGCGUUUGAUGAAUAUCGUCUUUCGUUAAAUCAUAUUCAACAAAAGAAAAAAGUUUGUCGACGAACGAAAAAAUGUAAUUCAUGGUUAUCAAAAAAUCAUACUUCUCUCAAUCGAUUACCCAUACUUAUUAAAUCUUCAAUAUCUAAACAUGAACUACCUGGUUUUCAUACUUAUCCUUCAAAUAUGUCAACAAAUAAAUCUUAUUAUAGACCUUCAAAUCAAAUAACGUUAUCAUCUAAUGCUGUUCCGAAUAUCAACAAUGAUAUUUAUUCACCAGUAGAAUCCGUUUCGCAACCAUUUAUUAUGAUACAUAAAAAACGUGUUCAUCGUGAUGAUUUCUUAUCGACAAUGCAAAAUUGUAUUCAACCACCAUAUAGUCAAAAUCAUUUCUAUGCAUUCGAUCAAAUAAAUAUACUUAAACUUCAACGAAAUUUUCAUAAGAAACGAAAAUAUUCUGAAGAUGAUCGUGAAUGUAAUUAUUCAGAAAUUCAAUUCGAUCAAACAUCACAAAAAUAUAUUGCUUCUCCAUUGGAGCAAUCUUUACCGAAAACAGCUGAUCAUAUUAGUAUUAAUAAAUAUGAUAAUGAACGAAAAAAUUCAUUGAUAUUCGAAGAAAAACCUGAAUUUCAACCAUUAAUACCAAAACAAAAAUCCGAUCAAUCAGAAUUAAUUUUAUUACAUUUAGAAAAAAUAUUAAAUUUAUGCGGAGAAUUACGAACAUUAGCUAAAGAUGUUGAAAUUCAUCUCAAUGAGCAAACAACUUUAAAAACUAUUUCAAUAGAAAUUAAUGAGAAAGAUCCUAUAAAAGAAUAUGAUUCUGAACAAACAAUUAUUGAUAUUUAUAAAGAACUUGAAAAUCAACAAAUAAAUAAUGAGAAAGAUUAUUCAUUACCACCAUAUGAACAUACUCAUGAUACAUUAUCGAUUCAUUCUGAAAGUAAUAAAUCAAUACAAUUAAUGCAAACAGAAUCAUUUAAAACCAAAUCACCAAGUUUAACAACUUCACAUACAAAACUCCGUAAAUCUGAAGAUAUUUGUACAUGUUUUUUAAAUUCAUUUCUUGAAAAACAAAAUUGUAAAUUAAGUACAGAUGAACAGGAAUAUUUAAAUGAACUUACAAAAGCUUAUAUACUCGGAAGAGAACAAAUACUUAAAGAACAACAAGAGGCAAAUAAUAAAUUUCAAGCAUUUCUGAAUGAAACUGUUCCAGAAGAAUCCGACGAGCCAUCGUCUUUAAUCUAUGAUACGAAUAAUAAUAAUCAAUCCAAUACACCUAUAAAUUCAUCGUCUGUUAUACUUCAUAAUAAUUCUCAAUUCACUUCCACACCACAUGAAACUAGUAAAUCAAAUACUUCAUUAAUUUCCAAUAACCAGCAAUUAUCAUCUAUUCAAUCUGAAAUGAUUAGUAUUAAACAUCAGAUCUUUAUUAAUGAACCAAUAGCUAUGAAAGCAACUAAUAUUUUACCGGGUAUAGGAAUAAAAUAUGCUCAUCAAUUAGAUGAAUGCGGAUUUUCAACAGUACGACGAUUACUUGGUUUUUAUUUAUUAAUUAAAAAUGAUCAAAAUUUUGUCAAUUGGCUUAAUAAUAACAUACGAAUAUCGAUGCAUUCAGCUUGGCUUUGUACAAAUGCUCUUCGAGCAUGGUGUCAAGUUCAUCUUUAA